GACGUCUUCCCCCGCCACUGAAUCGGAAGUUCUCGGCUGCAGUUGCGUGGAAAUGGGCACCGGUGGGCGGAGUGGGUUACGGCCAGGCAAGGGAAACACAGAAGGGGUGGCCGCGGGCAAGGGGAACACGGAUGGGGUUGCAGCAGCUCCCACUGCUGCCUCGGCCUCCUGCCAGUACAGGUGCAUCGAAUGCAACCAAGAGGCCAAGGAGUUGUACCGAGACUAUAACCACGGAGUGCUGAAGAUAACCAUCUGCGUGAGUUGUCAGAAAUCUUGCCAGAAACCUGUGGACAAAUAUAUCGAGUAUGAUCCUGUUAUCAUCUUGAUUAACGCUAUUUUAUGCAAAGCCCAGGCCUACAGACAUAUUCUUUUCAAUACUAAAAUAAACAUGCAUGGAAAACUCUGCAUAUUUUGUUUGCUUUGUGAAGCAUACCUGAGAUGGUGGCAGCUUCAAGAUUCAAACCAGAACACUGAUCCUAACGACUUCAUCAGAUAUGCCAAGGAAUGGGAUUUCUAUAGAAUGUUCGCAAUUGCCUCUCUAGAACAAACUGCCUUUUUUAUUGGCAUUUUUACUUUCCUGUGGGUAGAACGACCGAUGACAGCGAAAAAAAAACCCAACUUCAUUUUGCUGCUGAAAGCAUUAUUAUUAUCUAGCUAUGGAAAACUCUUGCUGAUUCCAGCUGUCAUUUGGGAGCAUGACUACACACCCCUGUGCCUCCGACUCAUUAAAAUAUUUGUCCUUACAUCAAAUUUUCAGGCAAUUAGAGUGACCCUGAACAUCAACCGAAAGCUCUCCUUUCUGGCCAUCUUGAGUGGUUUACUGAUGGAAAGCACCAUGGUCUACUUCUUCCAGAGGAUGGAAUGGGAUGUGGGAAGUGAUUGUGCCAUCUAUAAAUCCCAAGACUUUUGAAGAGUUGGAUUCUUUAUCAUCUGUGGCAUGACCAACUACAUCCAAAAAAGAGAAGAUAUAAAAUACAAGCUCCUUGUGUGUAUUGAGCAAAACGAAGCAAAGAUUUGGAUACACUUUCUGAAAAAAGAAAAAGCGAUGGUUAUGGCAUCGGAAACCCCAAAACUAUCACGUGUCAUCCCUCCCCCAUAUAAGAGACCACCAAACCAUAUAUAGAUACACACAGACAUAUGCAGAGACACAGAUGCAAGGGCGCUGCCGUAGGGAGUGAGGUACGUCACAAGCAAAGACUCGGGCAACGCAGACCCCUUCAGGUAAGCAUUGAACUGGAGGAGGAACGUGAACACAUGACUCACACGUAAUAAAAGAUCUAUGUUUCCAUUCCUUUGACAUGUUUAUAUCUCUUUAAUUUAAAUGUUAGGUUAUUGCUUGUAAAUAAUAUAUUUAAAAUAGUAUUUCGUGUUCCUACAACAACAGAAACACUGUUCUCUUAAUAAAGUCAAAACAAACUGAG